AUGAGGGAGCAUUUAUACUGCAUACGGAAGAACUUGACGUAUAAUGCCCUGUCUAAACAUGUUUUAGAAUGGGGUGUAACACAUAAUUUUAUAUUUUGGGCGAUUGACAUCAUCACUCCAGGUCUCGAUGCAUCAGGGACAAUCUUAAUUAUUAUUUCCAGCAUUCUGGCUCUAACAACAUAUGGCCUCUUCAUUGAAAUAUGGGUGUAUCUACGGCAGAAUAUCAAAGAUAUCAUAAUAAAGGAUCUGACACUAACUGUCCUUGGACUUUUUCCUAUUGUCACUGUUUGUUGCCAGCUGGGCAUGUAUGUGCCCAGAGCUGCCAGCCUGUUGGAUCUUGUUGCUGCUAUUUCUCUAGCAGCUGCCCUCUAUAGCUUUUUCCACCUCACUGUUAGAUAUCUUGGUGGAGUGUCAGAAAUGAUUGACAAGCUUCAGUAUGUACAGAGUCGUCUCAAUGUUGGACCCUGCUGUUGCUGUUUCGUAUGUUUGCCAACAUUUACAAUGAACUGGAAAAUAUAUGGAGUGCUCAGGAUUGCUAUCCUACAGUCUUUGAUUUUGCAACCCUUACUGCACAUUAUUUCAGCUGUCAUCUGGGCGGAUGGGAAAUACUUCCAAGAGAGGGUAAAUGUACACAAUCCUUUGUUCUAUAUUGGCAUAAUGAUGGCUGUUUCUACACUUCUGUCCUUUUAUGUCUUCAAUUUGCUCCUAAAAAGUGCCUUUAUGGUGGAAGAACGAAGGUACCACCUUGUGGCCAAAUACGUCAUCAUAAUAGUCUCCAUGAUCAUCAUCACAGUCCAGCCGCUAAUUCUAGAAAGUCUUACUGCAUACAAUGUCAUCCCAUGCAUGGGUGUGUUUAACUGGGAUGGAAGAGGCUCGGAGAUAGAUCAUCAGGCCAAAAUUUUGGAAAUGUUUGUUCUGUUACUGGUCUCCAGGAGAUUUUAUCGAAAGUCUCUGCCAGAAUCAUUAUCUCUUAAUUUUGACAACCCUCUUCAUACAAUUCCUUAA